AUGGUUGUUUAUAAUUUAUACAUCUUCAGCCGAACCGGGCAAUGUUUGUUCUAUCGUGAAUGGCUGCGAAGACAACAAACGAAUAUGACACAAGAUGAAGAAUUUAAAUUAAUGAACGGUUUUAUAUAUUCGGUGAAAUCUUUUGUGCGACGCCUAUCACCUACAGAUUUCAAAGAUGGCUUUCUAAGUUAUAAAACAAAUUGUUAUAAGCUGCAUUAUUAUGAAACGCUAACGGGAUUGAAAUUUAUUUUAAAUACAGAUAGCAAUGUUGGCAAUAUUCGUGAUAUUUUACACCAAUUAUACAGUACAAUAUACGUCAAUUAUAUUCUUAAAAAUCCUCGUUCUUCGGCGUCGGAUGUAAUAACUAAUGAACAAGAGAUAUUUAUUGAAAAAUUAGAUGAAUUUAUAAGUAACUUAUCGAUUUUUUCGCAAACAAAUAAAGCGUGA